ACUGACUUGCUGAGUAUUAGAUGUGUUAAUAUUAUAUCUGAUCAAAUUAAGUGUGAGCCCAGUGACGGUUUAGUGAGUGACUGGCGCUGGCAGUGAUCGUAAAGAUCAGGCUGAACCAUGGCACUGUACAGGAGAGACAAAUACAAACUUUCAAAAAGAAAAAAAGUAAUGAUCUGCCUACCCUUUGUGGAGACUUAAAUCAUCACUGCGACGUAAACAAUGAAAACGAUCAAACCAGGAUUGUGCAGAAAAGUACAAACGGAAGCAAAAAAAAAACCAAACAAAUAUUCAGAGAAGGAAUGUGAUAAUUGAACCCAUGAUAAUGAAUUCAGGUAAAAAACCCAAGCCUGUUGAAUGUAUUUUAAAAAAAAAAAGACAAUUCAUAGAAAUAAAGGAGAGAUUCAUCGAGGUGAAAAGCUAUACAAAUGCACACAGUGUGAGAAUUGUUUUAAUACAAAAUCUGAUGUAAAUUCACAUGUGAGAAUUCAUAUAGGUCCAAUGUCCUAUAAAUGUGCACAGUGUGACAAGUGCUUUUCCAGAAAAUGUGUUUUAAAAGUCCACCAGAGAAUUCAUACAGGUGAAAAACCAUACAAGUGUUCUCAGUGUGGGAUGUGUUUUUCCCAAAAACAUCAAUUCAUUCGCCAUGAAAGAAUUCACACAGGUGAAAAGCCAUAUAAGUGUACACAGUGUGGAAAGUGUUUUACUUUGAAUUCUCAUUUAAAUACACACCUAAGAAUUCAUACGGGUGAAAAGCCUUACAAAUGUACUCUGUGUGGAAAGUGUUUGUCUCAAAUAUCUCACUUAAGUGGCCAUCAGAGAAUUCAUACAGGUGAAAAGCCCUACAAAUGUCCUCAGUGUAGGAAGUCUUUUCCCCAUAAACAUCAUUUAAUUUGCCACCAAAGAAUGCAUACAGGUGAAAAGCCCUAGAAGUAUACUAAGUAUGGGAAGGCCUCCAAAUUGUCUGAUUUAAAUGACCGCCCGAGAAUUCAUACAGGUGAAAAGGCAUACAAAUGUCUUCAGUGUGGGAAGUGCUUUUCCAGUAUUUCUGCUUUCAGUAAACACCUGGAAAUUAAUGUGUGAAAUGCCUCACAAAUGCAUUUAAUGUGGCAAGUGCUAUUCCUAAUCGGGUGCAUUAAAUAUGCACAAAAUGCGGCAUACAGUGCACACUGUGUGACAGUGUUUUAAUAUUUCAGAUGUAAUUAGUGUUUAAACAAAUGUAUCCCACUUGUAUGGCCAAUAAAAUAUUUAUACACUUGUAUAACCUGAUAAAUGUUCUCAUCCUUUGACUUCAAAUGUCCAUCAAAUGCCUUUCAUAUUUUUUAAAGACAAACCACCCUGUUGUGGUUUGCAAAAAAGUUUUUUUUGUUGGCCAGCGUGGGAAUUUCAACCACCAUGGGUUCCCACAGCAGAUUUUCCAACAGCCAUUUUGUUUCCUGCAACAAAAAAAAAAUGUCUGUGGUUAACAUUAGCUUAAGCAAGUUUCAGAUUUUGUUCAAUGAGUUAAAUUAAAUUAGCUAAUAUCUCAACCAUGAAUUUCAAAACUGAUGUCCUUUAAAGACGUGAGUUGAUAGCACGUUGCUAUAUUGAAGCUACAACAGUACUACCGACCGCAGAUGGGCUAGCAUGAAACUAAAAUGGUGACUGGCGGAAUGUGACAGUCCUUGUAGUCCUUUUAAAGCACAUAACAGCUUAUAAAUACACGGAUAAUAUAUUAAUGUAACUUAAUAUCUAACCUAGCGUCAAACUCUCUUGAGCUUCCAUUAAAUACUGAGCUUAUUUUUGGAAGAGAUUGAAAUCUAUAUGGGGAAAAAUGCAGGGGAAAUCAGCGGAGGGAACCCAUGGCUAAAAAAUGCUAACUUACGGGUUUUAGGACAACAAUCUGUAGCACUCUUAAUUGGUUACCGUUUACUUUAGGUUUGAAAGACGUGAAUGAAAAGGCGGCAAACUGACUAUUUUACAGUGUUUGUAAAAGCAGUGUAAUGAUCGGAACAAACUGGGAUAGCUUUUUCCUGUCAUAACAAGUGUUUCUGACUGUUUUGUUGUCCAAACACUUUCUUUUAAUGUCUCGUAAUGUAAUUAUUUGUAGAUUGAUUUUUGAUAUUUUGUGGUGAUGAAAUUGACACGAGUUAAACUUGUUUGGAUGUAACGUGGGAAGAAUCAUUGUAAUGUGUUUUUACUGAUGGAAUAACAUGGUUCAUUGUAUAUAAUAUCCUGUCUUGCUCAUCCUGUCAC